AUGCAUUUCAUGCUCUAUCUUCUCGGUGCUUUCUGCGCUGCUCAGUCCGUCUUGGGCCAUAUGGAGAUGCGGCAGCCCUACGCGCUCAUGAGCAGAUUCGACCCACACAACAACAGCUCCCAGAUCGACUAUGACAACAAGAGCCCAUUGAGUCCGGACGGCAAGAAUUUUCCCUGUCGGGGCCAUCACAAGACCGUGGAAUUUCGUCCGGUUGCUACCUAUGAGGCAGGAAAAGAUUAUACUAUGAUUCUUGACGGCACGGCCACCCACCACGGUGGCUCAUGUCAGAUUUCCCUCAGCUAUGACAAGGGGAAAUCAUGGAAGGUCAUCAAAUCAUUCAUGGGUGCCUGCCCACUGGCUCCCGAUCAGAAAUAUUCGUUCCGGGUACCCGCCGAUGUCGACAACGGCAAAGCCAUGCUCGCCUGGACAUGGUUCAAUCUUGUGGGCGCUCGAGAGAUGUAUAUGAACUGUGCCCAUGUCAUGAUCGAAAAGGGCAAGGGCGGAGGGAUCAAGAAACUCCCUACGAUCUUCGAAGCUAACAUUGGAAAUAAGUGCCAUACUAGUGAGAGGAAGGAGACUGUGUUCCGCCAUGCUGGCCCGGCGGUGGAAUAUGGGCCAGGUGUAAAUCCGACAAGCACCCCGUUCCCGGACUGUGAUGGGAACACCAAAGGAAUGGCGCAGUAUAUUGAUCAGCUGGGGCAAUUGCCUUUGUGGGGAUGGUUUUAA